AUGGUGCCUAGUGGAUGGAUGACCUGGGAGCAAGCAGAGGACCUGGUUGGGGAUCUGAAGGAGCAGCUUUCACAUCACUUCAAAGAAGUGAUGGUUGGCCUCAUGUAUCCACCACCAUCUUAUGAUGCCCAUGAACUCUGGCAUGCCAUGAAGGGAGUAGGCAUUGACGAGAACUGCCUCAUUGAUAUAUUAGCUUCCAGAACAAAUGGAGAAAUUUUCCAGAUGCGAGAAGCCUACUGCUUGCAAUACAGCAAUAACCUUCAAGAGGAUAUUUAUUCAGAGACCUCCGGACACUUCAGAGAUGCUCUCAUGAACUUGGUCCAGGGAACCAGAGAGGAAGGAUACACAGACCCUGUUACUGCUGCUCAGGACGCGAUGGUCCUGUGGGAAGCCUGCCAGCAGAAGACGGGGGAACAUAAAACCAUGCUGCAGAUGAUCCUGUGCAACAAGAGUUACCAGCAGCUGUGGCUGGUUUUCCAGGAGUUUCAAAAUAUUUCUGGGCAAGACAUUGUAGAUGCCAUUAAUGAAUGUUAUGACGGAUACUUUCAGGAGCUGCUAGUUGCAAUUGUUCUCUGUGUUCGUGACAAACCAGGCUAUUUUGCUUAUAGAUUAUAUAGUGCAAUCCAUGACUUGGGUUUCCAUAAUAAAACUAUAAUCAGGAUUUUAAUUGCCAGAAGUGAAAUAGACCUGCUGACCAUAAGGAAACGAUACAAAGAGAGAUAUGGAAAAUCCCUAUUUCAUGAUAUCAAAAAUUUUGCUUCAGGGCAUUAUGAAAAAGCACUACUCUCCAUCUGUGCUGGUGAUGCUGGAGACUACUAAGGAUUUGAUGGACAAUGCACUCUUCUUUAUAGACACAUCUAAUUAGAGAUUUUCUGAUAAAUUGGUGCUGUUAGUAGCACUACAACAAAGCUAUAGAAUCAUAUUUUCUCUUCUAUCUUUGAAAUUAUUCCAAGCAAAAAACCUAUUCAUGAAAGUAUAUGACACUUGAUUUUCCUGCUAUCUAAUCAGCAAUUAAAUACAUUAUGCAUAAUAGAAUAAUA